AUGAUUAUCACUACGCUUAUGGCACUGCACGUGCUGAGUGUGUACGCGGACGUUCUAGCUAAUGCGGAAACGAUAAAGUUCUUCAAAAUAGACCGCAUCACCAACUGCGAACCUGUCGAUGAGUACCCCGUAAUAAUGUUACCGCAGUAUGGCGUUACCAACAAACCGAAUGAGAAUUUAUUCAACUGCACACUACGCAUAAAAGAACGAAUUGAGGGUCCUUUGAAGUACAACGCGAGCAUUAAACGCUGUGAGAUGGAUCUUUCAAAGUGUGAAUUUUUCAACACAAUAGAAACGGAAGAACUGUGCGAAUAUUUUAACGACACGGGAUUUAACGAACGGUUCUUGAACAGCAUUUCGCAACCAUUAACGUGUCCAACCAAGCCGGGAGACUAUCUGUUCAUAAACAAUAAGUGGGAUCUGUCAGCGGUCGUCAAUCUGCCGGGUAGUGCUUACCGGUGGAAUAUUGUAACUACCGUGUCGCAAGUGGCAACAGGACGAGAAAUUUAUUGUACCGAACUGAUGGCAAGAAUUAUGGUGAUUAGGAAGAAAACUAACAGGAUAAAACAUUGA